AUGAUUACUGACUCCUUGGCCGUCUUCCUCCGCCGCGGAAUCGCCCCGACGCCGCCCCUCCCGUUGGCGGCGUUCCGCAACGUCUCUCCGAUUCAAUCGAACCCGAAACACCGGAACCGGUUGAAUCGGGUUGAGACAAUAAUACGGUGCGGGCGGGUGACGAGGCCGCGACGGUCCGGUUCUGAUCGGAGCGGAGGAUUUCCUCUUCCGAACACUACAACGGCGUUGAAGACGCUGCUGUGCUUCACUGUGGGCACCGACGGCUGGGCGGCGCCGGCGGAGCAUUUGACGGCGAUAAAUCGAAAGAAGAAAGAAGCGCUGCAAAAAUUGAUGGCAGAGAAUUGUGUUGAGGCAGAGAAUAUAAUGAUGCGCGUGUACGAAGAAUACAAAUGGGAUAAUCCCCAGACUCGAUAUGAUGCUGCCUUAGCGCUCGUCGAAUUUCUCAUCCACCGGGGAACGAAUGAAAGCUGGGAAAAGGCUGUUGGCCAUUUAAACGAUCUUGAACACAUGACCAUGAAGGAAAAUCUUCCAAGUGAUGCGAAGCUUCCCCUUUACUGGGCUAUUUUACUUACCUUGCUAGACGAUCGCGAGGCUAAAAAAUCUUGGAGCUAUUACACAAGCCACAUAGGCACUGGCCCAUUCAGGGGUUGAUGGUAUUAUUGUACCAUAUAUAUCUUUUUAUAUGGGGAAAAAAUAUUUAUAUUUUUCAUUCUUGUCCAUCUAUUAUAUAUUGUUUUUGUUACUUUUGAAAUAAUUUCCACUCGAGUCCUUGUACUUUCUCCAAAUUUGUCUUUGUAAUUCAAGUACUUGAGGUGAAA